CUGCCCGUUCAUGUCCUUGACCCACCAACCCGUGGACGCCCUGCACUACAACAGUACCGCAGUACCUAUAUCAACGUGAGGAACCAACGACAGGCCCCAGAACCAAGACUCCCACGCUGGUCGCCCGUGGUCUCGCCCAUCUCAUCACGCCGACCUGACAGAUGCUGGCGAGGCGGUUACGACUGCCGCAGCUACCAGCCCGGCAAUGUUGCUCUUGCUGUCACGAAUGCCGCCGCAGCGGCGCCGUCGCAUGGUUUUCUGCCCUGCGCGGCGAUGGAUCUGCAACUGGAACAGGAGCGCGUGGCGAAGAAUCUGUUGGAGCAAGCGAGGCGAGCGAACCAGGCCGAGAUUCACGCUCAUCGCAGCCCACGCUUUUUGAGCAGUUGAAUCUCGGCGCAGCACCUCCGCAAGCCUCCGUUCGCUCCGCAAAACGCUCCGCUGCCCGCCUACGGGCUGGUCUACGUCGUGCGCAGGCCAGGGAGCAUCGCGACGACUAUCAGGCGGUCCCGGACUGGGACGUCUCGGCGUCGAGCGACCAGCUCCGGGCUUGGCUCGAAGGUGCCGCGUAUGGCGUCAGCGAACAACCGAAGCCUAUCCGCAGGCCUCAGGAAGUCGACGGCAGGGCCGUGCUCGUUCUCAGUAGCAUGCCCCGCUCGCUCGUCGAGUCGGAUUUCUACCGCUUGGCUCCCCAAGGCCGACACCUCGCCGGCUGGGCCGGCGGCAUCAACAAAGUCGUGCAGUCCAUAUCCGGCGCCACUAGAGAGCUGCGCGGCCAGUACUUUCUGUUCUUCGACAACGCCGCUGCCGCCGCUGCCUACAAGGAAAACCUCCGCAACCUGUUCUUCGAGCAGGCAAAGCACACCGGGAGCCACCCUCCAGCUUCGGAUCCGAACAUGGUCCCAGGAACCAAGGCCUCGGCCCCGACCUGCUUCAGCCUCCUCCCGCCGGACGCCAAACUGAGCCCGGUGCAGCUGUCCAUACCCCAGCUCGCCGGCGCCAUCGCCGCGAACCAGGCCAAGGACAAGGAGGAAGGCUUCCUCGUGCGGGGCAAGCCCGGGGCCCCGAACCGGUCAUCCCAGCAGCCAUCCUACAGCACCACGGUGCCGUACCAGCUGCCGCUCGAGAUGGCGCCCGACGGCGAGCCCACGCUCGUCGAGCGCAGCCGGCGCGUGCUGGUGCGCCUGGCCGGCAGCAAGAUCACCGCGGCGGCCAUGGCGCGGUUCAUCGAGGCCGACGGCGCCGAGCGCAACCUGCCGUGGCGGCUGAUCGAGGAGCGGCCGGGCGUGCGGAACUGGCCGCGCCCGCUGCAGGCGCUGCAGGCGGGCAGCGGGCCGAUCGCGUGGGGCGCCGAGGGCGCGUCCGAGGGAUCCAGGCAGGAGGAGGGAGGCGAGAAUCCGCCGCCGCGGACCCGCGGGUAUACGAGGUUCGUCGUCACGUUUGCCGAUGCCGCCGAGGCGAAGCGGUUCGCGCGCACCUGGCAUCGCCGAGAGCUGCUGGACGAGCGGACCGCGCGGACCAUGGUCGUGAAUGCCCACGCGCUGUGGUAGCAGGCUGGUUCAGAGCUGGGUUGGAGAUGGCGUGUGAAAUUUGAUCGUAUCGUGUGUAUUAUACAUAUAUGUUCGGGGGACGUGUACAACUACAGGGUCCAU